AUGGCUAGCAUCCAGCUCCCGCUUGAGGCGUUUACCUCGCGCCUGAACCUCUCCGAGAGGCUCAAUGGCAUUCGCUCCCAAUCCAUGUCCAGUCGCUUUGCCAACCUUCGCCCCGUCUCUGAGUUCCUGGAUAUCAAGCGAGUCUCCAAGCCGGCCAACUUUUCUGAAUUCCAGAGCCGCGCCAGCUACAAUCUCUCUUACUUCUCCAGCAACUACGUUGUUGUUUUCAUCGUCCUCAGCAUCUACAGUCUGCUCACUAACCUGGCCCUUCUUUUUGUCAUCCUCCUGGUCCUUGGAGGCUCGUAUGGUAUCGGUAAACUAGAGGGCCGGGACCUAGACGUUGGUAUUUUCCGGGCCACCACCAGCCAGCUCUACACUGCCCUUCUGGUUGUUGCACUUCCGCUGGGUCUCUGGGCGUCACCAUUGUCUACUGCUUUGUGGCUUACCUGCGCCACCGGCGUGUGUGUUAUCGGACAUGCUGCGCUGAUGGACAAACCUAUCGAGAAUGCUUUUUCAGGGGAGGCGGUCUAG